UCAAAGGGAGCAAGGAAAGUCUGAGACGGCGGGAACCUUGGAAAGACUGCGACUGCGACUGCGACUGCGACUGCGACUGCGACUGCGACUGCGACUGCGACUGCGACUGCGAAUGCUACGGCGACGUCAUUACCGAAUAGAUUACCACUGCCUACACGAUCAACCUCCAUUGGAAGGUUGGAAGACAACACCAUGACAGACCUUCCUAGUCCGUGCAUUACAGGCAGUCCGACAAGGUCGCGACGAUCGUCCCAGCCAGUAUCCACUGCCUCACCCGAUUUGAUAUCACCCCUCCAGUCUCCCCAGGCUUUUGCCUCCUUUCAGCGCCCCACCCCUACGCGCUCCGCUUCAAGUUCUGACGACCGGCUGUCCAAAUUGUUCCCUUCCAGACGGCCUUCGUCGGGUGGAAGGCCACCUUCGAUAUCCGAAGAGAGGAAACCACGGCCACCGUCGAAGCAGUUUUCGUUACCUGGGUCCUUGGUACCGGCGGUGCAACCUGCAUAUACUAUACCAUCAGCUCCAGCCCCCCCGGCAUUUGCAGUUUCGCAGCCUCCAGCUCCACCCGCGUUCCCAGACCAUACAUCAUAUGAUAGGACGGUGGACCCAUUCGAAACGCAACAUGCCCCAAUAGCACAGUCCAAGCCAAGCCGGACAAAAAGUGUACUGGAUAGAUUCGCUUCACUGCGAGCGACAAGCAUGUUCAGGUCGGCGAAGUACGCUACGCUUGACGAUAUUGACGGUGACUCUAGGGAUAGGACACAGAGGGAGCUUCCACAUGUUGCUGAAGAGGACGAAGGGCUCGGAAUCGAUAUUAGCGGGCUGGAAGGACCCAUCGCUCUUCAGUCAAUCCAUAGGGGAAGACCAGCCAACGUCUCAGAUCAACUCGAUGCCGACGAGGAUGCCAUGUAUGCUGGCCAUGCGGCAGAGUUUGAACGACUAGAAGCUCAUGAUAGGGCCCUCGGACUGGGUAUGGCAAAUGUUGUGGAAGCAGCUUUCGAAACUUCUACUACUUCCAAAGUCACUCCUUCCCAAGGCAUGACGAUAAUACAUAAGCGGGAACUGUCAAAUCAAAAUGUUGCAGCCCAGGACGCCGCAGAGAAGACUGGCGAGAUACUUGCUGUGCCUGAAACUCCAGCAUUCGACAUCAGCACAUUUGGCGGUGGUGACAUUGGCACAAGCGAUCCACUCAGCGUGAACGCGGAAUCACGGGACGUAUCUGAUAAGCCUAUGAGUUACUUCUUCCCGGAAGAUAAGGAGAUGCCGGACUGGCGACCAGUGUCGAUGCGCUGGUUUUAUGUCGGCCUUCUAGUCUUACUCGCUUUCACCCUGGCUGGACUACAGGAAUAUCUUUGUCAACUCUCCAUUAAGAAGAAGAAGGAAGGUGGUGGCAUUCUGGCAUUCAAGGAGGCCAACGAACUCAGCGUUCUAGCAUACUUUACAUGGAAGUACGCGCCCACCAUUGUCCUGCUAUCUUACGGUAUUCUCUGGCAAAUCACCGACUACGAAAUUAAGCGUCUCGAGCCCUACUAUCAACUCUCUAAACGAACAGGUGCCACCGCAGCAGAGUCCCUUAAUAUCGACUACAUAUCACUUAUUUCAUACUUUGUACCUUUCCAAGCUGUCCGACAUGGCCAUUGGGCUGUUGUAAUCUCCUCUAUGGGAUAUCUUUCAGCCGGCUCAAUUGUGCCCAUUCUCCAGUCUGCAUCCGUAAACAUAUAUCCUGAUAAGGCACACCGGAAAGAAAAUGAGUUCAAAUACGUUCUGAUUGAUCCCGGCUGGUCACGUGCCGUCUCGGCAGUAUUGGUCUUUGCUGCCAUUCUGGGUAUUGCCUUAUUGGUCUCAAUACGGCGCAAAUCAGGCCUUCUGUCCGAUCCCAAGGGUAUCGCAGGCAUUGCAGCCAUGGCUACGCGCAGCCAUAUCCUCAACGAUUUCCGCGGCUUAGACACCGCAAGCCAGAACACUAUCAAUAAACAACUACGGCACCGAAGAUACAUUCUACACAAGAGUGCCCUAUGGCAAGGAGAGUACAUCCGUAACUCGGCCCACACAAUCCGCGAACACCACACGGAUUCCCGACCGAUUAUGCUCACGAAACGUGCGGGUUACCCGUUCGUCGGCUCCAUUGUUGUCGUCGCAAUUCUUAUACCUAUUUUUAUGUUUAUUCCAUCAGCAAACGUCCUCACUGAAAAAGUGCCUUUUCUCCUUACCGCCAUCGCUACCGGCAUCAAACUCAUCUGGGGCUCUCUUGACAUGAGCAUGCGGCUCAUGGAACCCUGGGUCAUCCUCAGCAUGCGCGGCGCCCCUGCCUCGACACUCACCCUGGACUACACUGGCACGAUACCCGGAUAUUUGUCUUUGAAAGCCCUCGUGAACAAACACUACCUCGUGAGUCUCGUCGGAAUUGGAGCCAUCCUCACUGAGAUACUCACUGUAUGUGCAUCCUCGUUCUCUGUCGACGGCCUCAAAUUCAUCGCUGGCCAAGACGGGGGGCUAGGCAGUAGCAGUGGUGAUCCUCCAGACAUGCUACGCCUACGCGACGAAGAUGACGUCGAUGAUGGUGUGUCUCGCUCCAACUCUGGAGAGACGUUCAAAUCAUUCUGGGUAUCAUUCGGCCUAUCCAUCACUAUUCUUAUCUACCUCACUAUCGUAGCUAUCCUAUGCCUCGUCCGACGCAGCAAGAAAAUUAUGCCGCGUACGCCGGGUCCAAUCGCAUCUACGCUAGCCUUCAUCCACCAGAGUAAGAUGCUGAAUGUGUUUGUGGGCGCUGAACGGUUCGAUAGCGUCAGGAUGACCAAGUGGUUGGAGGGCAAAGGCGGGAGGUACGGCUUGGGCUGGUUCAAUGGCAGAGACUCAGAGGAUCAUUGUGGUGUUGAUGAGGAGCCUUUACUGGCGAGCUAUGAGUGGGGUAAAGAUUGGACAAAGGGGAGGUUGGUUGGGGGUGAAGUUGGCGGGUGGGAGCAUUUUUGAUGCAUGUAGUAGACUGGGUUUAGAGACAUACAGGCGCGUGUUGCCAAGUCGAGCGUGUUAAGGGGUGUUCAAGUCGCUUAGUUGUAUUGUCAUGUAC